AAGAGAUUUUGUUUCAGUACAGUCUUCUCCACCCCCCUAUUCUCUCUUUUUUUUUCAGAAUUCUCCAUCCCUUCACUAUCGUUAAGACCUGGCGCAGUGACGGAGGUCAGCACCGCGGAGGAUCUAACCAACAUGUCAAGGGCUAACGUCUAUGCCGACGUCACCGCCUCAGGGAUUACUGGGAUUACGAGUCUCUCACCGUUUAGUGGAGUGAUCAAGAUGACUAUGAGGUUGUUCGGAAAGUCGGAAGGGGAAAAUACAGUGAGGUCUUCGAGGGUAUAAGUGUUCCCACCAAUGAAAAAUGCAUCAUCAAGAUUCUAAAACCGGUCAAACAAAAGAAGAUAAAGAGGGAGAUAAAAAUUCUUCAGAAUCUUUGUGGAGGUACAAAUAUUGUAAAGUUUCUUGAUGUGGUCAGGGAUCAGCACUCAAAAACUCCUAGCUUGAUUUUUGAAUAUGUGAACAGUACAGAUUUUAAAGUUUUGUAUCCUACACUGACUGAUUAUGACAUC